AUGUCUGAUGACCCGAGCAGAACAAAUGGUAUUGAAAAUUUAAAUCAAGAGAAUGUUAACCUAUUCAGCAGCCCCAUCCUUCAAAAUAAACGGAUAAAGUGCUCACUUCCUGUUUCUCGCCUCCUAUGUGGACUCUGGAACCCUCCUAACGCUGUCUGCCUGUCUCAGGCUGAGUAUGAGAAAGCUGCUGAGGAGGUUAAGCACUUCAAGACCCAGUUAACGGACCAAGAGAUGUUGUUCAUUUACAGCUACUACAAACAAGCCACAGUGGGCGACAUAAAUACAGAGCAGGCUGGGAUGCUGGACCUCAAAGGCAAAGCCAAGUGGGAUGUCUGGAACCAGAUGAAAGGGACAUCCAAGGAAAGUGCCAUGAAUGCUCACAUCAACAAAGUGGAAGAGCUAAAGAACAAAUACGGAGUGUAACAGACUGGACUAGGUCGCCAGACACACAUUUAACCUAAAGCCAUAUAAUGCCUUGUUUCUUCAGU